AUGUACAAGGUGUUAUUUGAGUACGGUAAUGAUCUGAUUGAACUGAUCAAAGAGAGUGUCGAGCGGCAUGCACUGACUAUUUUCUUGCCUGAAGAAUUUAUGACGGGUAGGGAAAAGGCUUCAGUGUGGUGAGUGUUACACUUACGUCGUUUGUUGAUGCAGAACUCUUCUACAUACUUUUUGACGAGUCUUAUGUAAUGUUUAAAAUUUUUUUAUUUUUUAACAGUAUUUCAGGAAAGAUUAUUGUGAAGUGCACGGUUGUUACUACAAACACAUCGACUUUGCAGACUUUUCUAAUUUAGCAGCAGAGUAUGCUCAUUUCCGUAUGACACCAGAAUAUGACACGUUUCUGGAGACCGUGUUUGGUCACAAGUUACGAACACCUGCUAUUUUAUUCCCAGUUCUACAAACGGUAAUAGAUCUUCACUUUAAAACUUUCAAUAAGAGUUGA